AUAACAAUCACCGACUCUGGAGAAUCUUCAGACCAGCCACGCUUCAACUCUCUUUUCAGGGGCUUGCAAGUUUUUCUUGCUGAUGAUGAUGAUGUGAACUGUGCUGUGACUCGAAAGCUUCUCAAGAAGUUGGGAUGCAUUGUUUCUGCUGUGUCAUCUGGAUUUGAUUGGCUCAGUGCUAUUGGUCCAACCUCAUCUCCUUUUGAGAUUGUUAUUUUGGAGCUUCAGAUGCCUGAGUUGGAUGGAUUUGAAGUUGCAAUGAGAAUUCGAAAGUCACGAAAUCAUAGUUGGCCAUUGAUUGUUGCCAUGACUGCUAGCACUGAAAAGGAUAUCUAGGAAAAAUGUUUGCAGAGUGGAAUAAAUGAAAUUAUUCGAAAACCA